AUGAAUCAGGAUGAUUUCAGAAAACUAUUGGCAACACCUCAACAGCCAAGGCAGACAACAUCUCGACCUUCUUUUUUUCGGCCAAUAUCUAAAGAUUAUAGACAAACAUUUAUAGAAAAAACAACAAAGAAGUCAUCAGAUAAAUCAACACAUGGAAAUCAUUGGACAGGAAAAAAAGCAGUGAAGAAUGAAGGGUCAAAUAGUAAAGCAUCAUCAUUAUUACCAGAAGGAUAUAGAAAUCGGGCAAAGGAGCUGCAAAGAGAGGACACAGAGGAUAGAAGAACAUAUUCUAUGCAAGAAAACAUGUUAUCGAAUCUUAAAGAAGCAGUAAAAAAGGGAGAAAUAUCACAUCAAGAUUAUUUAUCACAAACGCAACGAUUGGGAGGGGAUUUUGAAAAUUCAUGCUUAGUAAGAGGGUUAGAUCGAGUGUUACUUGAGAGGGUUAGACGUGGGGAGGAAAUUGGGAUAUCAGAGCCGACGACUAUACAGACAGAUUUAACAAAGACAGAUGAAACUAAGGACGAGGCGUUAGAUCUCGAUAAAAUAUAUAUAGAAGGUCUUUCAAAGAAAAAAGACAGUGAAGAAAAUAUUCCAAAAAGAAAAAAUAGAGAUGAACUUCUUUCUAUUUUAAAAAAACAAAAAACCCAAGAUCCAGUAAAGGAACAAUCAAAAUUCAAGCCAAUAGGUGUUCGUGAAAAAGAUCAUAAAAAGAAAAAGUCAUUGAAGAAAAAGGAAGAUCUUUCUAGUGAAAAAAAACUAUCAAAUCAGGAUCAAGAUCAGGAUCAGGAUCAAAAAAAUGAAAAAACGACAAUAUUGGAAAAAACAACACCAAUAGAAAAUUCCCCUCAAAAAAUACAAGAAACAUUAAAUGAUGAAAGUAAUGAUAUUUUCGACGACGUAGGCGUAUAUGAUCCAUUUGAAUCUAUGAAUUUUCAGACAGAUCAAGAGCAAUCUAAUCAAAAUCCGGUUCAAUAUAAUACAAAUAAUACACAUAUACCAAAAAGGAAUUAUUUUCAUACAUCAACAUCAUUAGAAGAUGAUGAUAUUGUACAAGCGGGAUCAUUAACAAGGGAAUCUGUAUUAAAAAAUGACGCACAACUUGUUACUGCAUUAAAAAAAGCUGCUACACUAGAACAUUUAGAUAACCAUGAGGAAAAUUCACUUAUAAAGAAAAAAUCAAUAAAUGUGGGUUUCGGUCUUUGGUUAGAUGAUACAUGUAAUGAUAUAGAUAUUAAUGAUGAUCCAUUUGACGAUGAUGACAAUUUUCCCGCCAAAUCAAAACGAAAAUCAAAAUUAACUGAUAUAAAACGAUCAAAAGGGAAUAAAGCUACAUAA